UUUCUCUCUCUCUCUCUAUUUCUAAACCGCGUGUCUCUGGAUGUGAGAAAAUAAAAUCAUGGGAAAAUAGGGAAGAAAAAGUAGAAUACUGUGACAAAUUCUCCACAAAGAAGAAAGAGACCUCAGAACAAGAAGAAAUAAAAAAGAUGAAGCACUGUGAACUUUGUAAGGGUUUGGCGAGGACUUACUGUGAGUCGGACAAGGCUAGUCUUUGCUGGAACUGUGACGUUAAGGUUCAUGGAGCCAACUUUCUUGUUGCUAGACACACAAGAAGCGUCCUCUGUCAUAUCUGCCAGUCUCCGACUCCAUGGAAGGCCUCCGGCGCAGAACUCGGCGUCACCGUUUCGGUCUGUGAGAGUUGCGUCGUCGGUGCCAGAAACAGUAGCGAAGGCGAGGGCGAAGACGAAGACGAGAGCCAAGGAGGUAACGAUAUUGAGUUUGACUCCGAUGACGAUGAUCUCAUCAGUGAAGAUGACGACGCAGAUAGCGAUGACGAUGAUGCAGACGAGGAUGAGUUAGACGGCGAUGAUGAAGACGGUGAUAACCAGGUGGUGCCAUGGUCGGCGUCCUCGACGAUGACGCCUCCUCCGGCGGCGAGCUCAUCUAGUAGCGGAGAAUCCGUGAGCACGUUCGGUAAUGGCGGUAGAGAGUUUUCUGAAGGAUCUUCCUUGAAGCGAAUGCGAGAGAUUUCUUCCCAUCCUACUUCUCAGGACAAUCUCGAUCGUCCGUUUCCUAAACGGAUAUACUAUUCAGCUUUGACAGCUCCGGCAGAUUGGUCCAGUGCCGACGGAAAAGAGAGUUCUGCAGAUUCGAAGCCAUCAAAAGAGCUUGGAACUGAGACAGAGCGACUAGGUCAAGUCGGACCCGUUCCGCGUAACGCGUCUGGUUUAGAAUCGCUUAAAAGAUUUCGUCGGCAAGGAUCGGGAGCCAUUGAUCUUAAUUCUGCGGAGCCUUAGGGCCGUGCGAUCUAAGAUAGUAUUUUUUUCCCCUUAGGUGAACGUUACUCUGACCCAAACCAAAAACAAUUAACACUUAAUUGAUCUGAUUAGACAACUAGUUCAUUUUUACUCGAGUUUGUAUGGAAUUAGUAAAUUUAGAUUAUAUUUGAAGCGCUGUAUAAAUUUUUCUGAGAUGGAAAGUUAAAUAUCUAAUUCACUUGUCGAUUGUAUUUUGUUCAUGUCAAAUUUUCAGAACAAGAUAUGAAAUAUAUAGAUAUCAAAUUAUAAAUUCA